AUGUCUCACGAUUGUUACCAGAAAAGCCAGCUCGACAAGCGACUCCUCAAAGUCCCGGCGCGCUGGACAGACGAGCAGCUCGAUUUCCUCCGAUUCCUCUUCCCUGAAAGCUCGACGCCCGCUCCCGCGCCCGAGGGGGCCCUCAAGCUACAACCGAGGGGAUAUCCAGAAGCGAGGCUCUUCUCCGCUCCUCCGCCUAGCUCGCAGCCAGGCGAGAAGCUCGCGCUCUUGUUUCAGCGACGUCGACUCUUCUUUGACUGCGUUGUCCUACCCCAGCUUGACAGCAGUGGCCAGGAGAUUCGAUUCCUCGCCUACGCUGACGAGUGGCAUAUCAUCCUCCAGAAGAACCUCGCCAGGAAAUACCAUGAACACCAAAGCUUAAGGCGAGACAAUUAUAAUCCAUAUAUUGCUGCCCUUCUCAUCGCUAUCGCCCAGGCUCAUGAUGACCGAGAGGCGCCUUAUAUAACUCGAGACGACGAGACGCAAAUUAAGGGGGAACUGCUAACAUGGCCUUUACGCCCGACCUAUGUUCCUACUCAAGCGCAAGAUUUCCGCGUCUUCCCACGCACCCCUGCGUACUUUGUCUCCGAUGACACCUCAGACACGGACAUGGACACGGACACGGACGCGGCGGAUUCUCAGGCCAAGUACGAAGAGUGGCCACUCUAG